GGGAUGGGCUGCGGGGGCAGCAGGAAGGUGGUGCCUGAGCUGCCCGCGCCGGCCAGCGUCCAGCGAAAGGGCCACGGCCAAGGCCGCCCGGGUCCCGGGCCUGAGGCAGCGGCCCAGGCGGCUCAGAGCAUUCAGCUGGCUCACUUCCGAGCCAGGUUCCACCAGCGGGUCCUUGCCAGAUAUGACGUCCAGGCUCUCAUUGGGACAGGCAGUUUCAGCAAGGUUGUCAGGGUGGAGCAGAGUACCAGGAAACCUUUUGCAAUAAAAGUGAUGGAAACCAGAUUGAGAGAAGGCCGAGAAGAGUGUGAGGCUGAGCUCCAUGUCCUCAGACGGGUUAGUCACCCUUAUAUUGUGCAGCUCAUGGAGAUCUUUGAGGCCCAGGACCGAGUUUACCUGGUGAUGGAGCUGGCUACUGGAGGGGAGCUUCUAGAGAGACUUAUUGUCCAGGGAUCCUUCACGGAGCGGGAUGCUGUCAGAAUCCUCUGCAUGGUUGCUGAUGGGAUUAGAUAUUUGCAUGCUUUGCGAAUAACACACAGAGACCUAAAGCCUGAAAAUCUCUUAUACUAUCAUCCAGGUGCAGAGUCCAAAAUUUUAAUCACAGAUUUUGGGUUUGCACACUCUGGGAACACAAAUGGCGACUGGAUGAUAAGGAUGCUCCGUGGGACCCCAGAGUACAUAGCCCCUGAAGUUUUGCUAAGGAAACCUUAUACCAGUGCUGUGGACAUGUGGGCUCUGGGUGUAAUCACCUAUGUUUUACUUAGUGGAUCUCUGCCUUUUGAUGACGAAAGCCAUACAGAGCUUUACAGGAAGAUUCUGAAAGGCAAAUAUAAUUAUACAGGAGAGCCUUGGCCAAGUAUUUCUCACUUGGCGAAGGACUUUAUUGACAAACUGCUGAUUUUGGAGGCUAGUCAUCGAAUGUCAGCUGGCCAAGCGCUGGAUCAUCCCUGGGUGAUCACCAUGACUACAGGGGCUUCAGUGAAGAAUCUCCAGAGAGCCAUUUCCAGGAACCUCAUGCGGAGAGCGUCUCCCCACUCUCAUAGUCCUGGAUCUUCUCAGUCAUCGAAGUCAUGUUAUUCUCACAAAUCAAAACGUAUGUGGGGCAAAAGAAGCUUAAAGACAGCAGAAACAUCUCUAUCUGCACUUUUGUAAGCAGAUGACCUCUAGAAUCAUUUUAUCUAAUUUUAAGCCUGAUCUGCUAACUUCACUAAUAACAUUAGGUCAAGAGUGACCAUUUCAUCAUGAUUAGGGCAGCCUAAAUAUCCAAGGACUUGGGAGCAUGUCAUUACUUUGGAAUAACAUUGACCUUUACUUUUUUGUGGGUUAUGCUUAGUCCUGGGGCUUGAACUCAGGGCCUCAUGCAUACUAAGUGAGUACCUAGUACUGAGAUAUGUACACCUCAUCCCUUUUAGUUUUAUUUUUGAGAUAGAACUGCAGCACAGGCUGGCUUCAAACUUUUGAUCUUUCUGCCUUGGCCUCCCAAGUACAUGGGAUUACAUGCAUGCUCCAUUGUGCCUGGCUUUAUUUAUCUUUACUUUCAACAUUGUUUGGCUUCUCAUUUUUCCUGGACCUGUAUUUAUUUCCUAAAAUUAUACUGCUGCAAAAGAUUAAUAGUGUAGUAAAUGCCAUGUACAUUUAGAUUACUGGAAAUAGUAGAUAAAAAAAUCUCUCAAGUUUGGAAUGGACCAAAUAAAAUAUGAUGCUUUAA